AAAAUUUUGAAAAAUCAAAGUUUUUGGAAGAAUUUUCUUCCAAGUACGGAUAUAAUGGCACCAUUAAUUCGAUACGCGAGAUUGAAUAUCCCAAGUUGAAAGAGGUUACAUACCUUGAUCAUUCUGGGUCAACCAUUUAUUCGAAGAGUUCAGUUAUCUCUUACACGAAUGACCUCAUGAAUAAUCUUUAUAGCAAUCCGCACUCAAAAAAUCCAUGCGCUCAACAUACUUCCCAUCGGGUAGAGCAAAUUAGGGCUCGAGUUUUAAGACAUUUCAAUGCAAAUCCCGGAGAAUAUCAAGUGAUAUUUACUCAAAAUGCCACCGCUUCUAUUAAACUGGUCGGCGAGAUGUUCCCUUGGACUGCCAAUCAAAGUGGUUACAAAUACUUGAGAGAGUCUCACAAUAGCUUAAUAGGACUUAGACGAUUUGCGGAAGAAAUCAAUUCUCCUGACAUUCAAGCUGUAAUUGAAAGUGACAUGAAGAAAUUAUUUUCGCACAAAGAUCUUACGAAUUUUAAUUUCAUGAACCGAAAAACAACAGAAAAGAGCAAUGAAAUAAUAUACAAUCUUUUUGCCUAUCCGGCGCAAUGCAAUUUUUCCGGUCAAAGGUAUCCUCUAACAUGGUCAACACAAAUAAAACAACUUGAUACGGAAAAUUCCAAAAUUUUGGUUUUAUUGGAUGCCGCUGCUUACCUGACAACUUCAACACUGUCUUUGGCUGACAAAGAUGUUUCACCAGAUUUUAUAACAAUGAGUUUUUACAAGAUAUUUGGAUUACCUACUGGGUUAGGUGCUCUACUGAUAAAAUCAGAAUUAAAACCGUUAUUAAGGAAACGCUAUUUUGGUGGUGGAACGAUAAAUGCUAUUGCCUACGACAAGCAAUGGCAAGAAUUUCGAGAGGACCUAAGCGGGCGUCAUGAGGACGGCACAAUAAAUUUUCUGGACAUUAUUGCACUUGAUCAUUCUUUCGACGUAAUGGAACGAUUGUACACAAAUUUCGGAUUUGUCAGGGAACACGUGACAUCAUUGAUUACAUACCUUAGUAGAAAAAUGAUAUCGUUUCAUCAUUGGAAUGAUUUACCUGUGUGCGUUAUUUAUUCAGAUAGGGACUUUUCCGAUAAUACCCAACAGGGGCCUGUUCUUAAUUUUAAUGUGAGGCGCGCUGACGGAUCUUGGGUGGGAUUCAAUGAAUUAGAAGAGUUGGCAAGUGUCAAUCAGAUUUACAUAAGUGCAGGGACUCAUUGUAAUCCUGGGAGUAUGGCUAGAUGGGUAAAUAUCUCGGGAGAUGAAUCGAUGGCCAAUUAUAAGGCUGGUAAAAUAUGUAGUGAUGAUAAAGAUAUAUUCAAUAACAAACCCACUGGUUCGAUCCGCAUCUCAUUGGGCGCUAUGUCAACUAUUGAAGAUAUUAUUAUAUGGCUAGAUUUCUUCAAGAAAUAUUUUGUCGAAGAGACUCCCACCAAUUAUAUUACACAGAAUAAAAAUGUCGUUCAAAAUAAAUCACAGAUAUUUCUGGAAAGGUUGACGUUGUAUCCUAUUAAGUCAUGUCAUGGGUAUACGAUACCACCAUCAACAUCAUGGACUGUGACAAGUCAAGGUUUAUUAUAUGAUCGAGAAUGGAUGCUGGUGAAUUCCGAGACUGGAAGGGCGUUAAGUCAAAAAGUAUAUCCGAAGAUGGCAUUGAUACGACCAAUAGUGUUAAGAGGGAAAGAAUUAUUAGUUAUUACUGCGCCUGGUCAAGAACCAUUGCAUAUUAGGUUGAAUGAGUUCCCGAAUGAAAUUGAGUCUUCUAAGUGUUCUUCACAAGUUUGUGGCGAUAAUAUUCAAACGUUAGUUUAUACCUCCAAUCAUAUCUCUCAGUGGUUCACUGAAUUCCUUGGAAUAACAUGUAGACUGGCCCGGCAACCAACUUCCGAGAAUUCUUCCGUUAACCGCAGAUUUAUAAAACCUCAUUUACUCAACGUAGAACCUUCAACGACCGCAGGUUCUCCGCUUUCGUUAUCAAACGAAUCACCAUUUCUGCUAGUUUCUCAGAAAAGCGUAAAGAAUGUUAAUCGAAAAAUAAUGGAUGGUGCCAAUAAUCAUGAGAAUGAGAGAAAAGAAAAGGAUGAUGGAAGUAAAGGGAUUGUGGUAGAUUGUUUUAGAGCAAACCUUGUGAUUAAUGGGAAUAUCGAAGCUUAUGACGAAGAUCAAUGGAAGAAGGUUAAGAUUGGUGGACAGGUGUUUAAGUUAAUAGGCCCUUGCCGAAGAUGUCACAUGAUCUGUAUAGAUCAUGAAACCGGUGAGAAGACCAAAGAACCUUACUCCACCCUGGCAACGUAUAGAAGAAAUAAGGGAAGGAUAUAUUUUGGGCAACAUAUGAUUCACCUUCCGGAACUUUCGACUUUUCCUUAUGAAAUUUCGAGUGGUUGUGAUGUCCAAAUUUUAGAAACCUUGGAACACCAACAGUAUAAUUCUGACUACGCUUGUUCUUAG